ACUGUGCAUUGUUGUCUGACUGUUGUCUGAAUUUCCUUUAGUGCCUGAGGCUCCCUCAGGCGAUAGAAAUGCCACCUUCCUAGAUCGGAGAGCUCUUGGACAAGGCAGGUGGAUCCUGUCGGAGGUUUGCCCCUUUUGGUGGCUGCUGUCAGUGGAGCGUCUUCCCUUUGCAGGGUGACCAGGAUUGUCUUGAGAGUGGGGAUCCGGGUGCGCCUUCCUCUUCAUUUCACCUGUUCAGAACUUCUGCAUUUCAGGGGGGGAAAGGGGCCUCCUUGUUGGGUCACUCCUGCAGCCAAGAUCCAGACAAGCAGUAGCAGGAGGCCUUUAGGGACUCCAUCCGCCUUGGGGCUUGCAAACAGACAGCUCAGAUCCUCCUCCUCCUCCUCUUGGGCUGCAUCCAGCGUUUCCAUUCCCAGCCUCGGGGCAUGGCUGCUGAGAGGGCAGAGAAAGCCAGCGGGGAGAAAGAGAGAGCCGAGAACAAGGAGGAGGAAGAGGAGGCCAAUGUGUUCCUGCCUUGGGAAGACAACUGGAGACCCUGGCCAAAAGCCCGGCGCAAGGUGCACGGUUGCCUGGGGUGCCUCAAGCGGCAGCUCUUCCGAGUCGGGGACGAUUGGUAUUACCUCUUUGCCCUGGGCGUCAUCAUGGCGCUGCUCAGCUUCGCCAUGGACUUCACCGUCUCCAGAGUUGCCAGAGGCUCUGGCAUCCCCGAACUCAAGACCAUCCUGACUGGCGUCAUCCUGGAGGAGUACUUGGCCAUGGAGAACUUUGGGGCGAAAGUCGUGGGGCUGACCUGCACACUUGCCUGCGGGAGCACCAUCUUCCUCGGGAAAGUGGGACCCUUUGUUCACCUCUCCAGCAUAAUUGCCGCCUACCUGGGCAAGAUCCGGACCAGCAUUUCUGGGGAAUACGAGAAUAAAAGCAAGCAGAACGAGAUGCUGGUGGCAGGAGCGGCCGUGGGUGUGGCAACUGUCUUUGGGGCACCCAUCAGCGGGGUCCUCUUCAGCAUCGAGGUCGUAUCCUCCCACUUUGCCGUCCGGGAUUACUGGAGGGGCUUCUUCUCGGCCACUUGUGGCGCCUUCAUGUUCCGCCUGUUGGCUGUUUUCAACAGUGAACAAGAAACCAUCACAGCCCUCUUCAAGACCAGUUUCAAAAUUGAUUUCCCCUUUGAUCUGCCGGAGACUGUUUUCUUCACAUUCCUCGGCGUGAUCUGUGGCGUGCUGAGCUGUGCGUACCUCUUCUGCCAGCGCUGGUUCCUGGGCUAUGUCCGGAGGAACUGCUUCACGGCCAGGCUGCUGGCCACCGAGAAACCCCUCUAUUCGGUGCUGGUGGCCUUCCUGCUGUCCUCCAUCACCUUCCCCCUUAGCCUGGGACAAUUCAUGGCCUCCAGGCUGAGCAUGAAGGAUCUGCUCACCUCCUUGCUCGAUAACCGCACCUGGAGUGUCCUCUCCCAGAACGUGUCCCUUGACAGGCCUCCCCAGGUGGACCCCCUCAACCUAUGGCAGGAGUGGUGGCACCCCGACAUCUCCAUCUUCGGCACGCUGUCUAUCUUCCUGGUGAUGAAGUUCUGGAUGCUGAUCUUGGCCACCACCAUGCCUAUGCCCGCUGGGUACUUCAUGCCUGUCUUCAUUUACGGAGCUGCCAUCGGGCGAUUGGUGGGUGAAGCCACAGCCCUCCUCUUCCCCAUGGGCAUCACUGCGGGGGGCCCUCCUAGCCCCAUUAUCCCUGGGGCGUAUGCACUGGCAGGGGCUGCUGCCUUCUCUGGCUCGGUCACCCACACCCUUUCCACCGCCUUGCUGGCCUUUGAGAUGACUGGGCAGAUUGCCCACAUCCUGCCUGUGCUGCUGGCCGUCCUGGUGGCCAACGCCAUCGCCCAGAAGUUCCAGCCUUCCUUCUACGAUGGCACCAUCCUUGUCAAGAAGCUACCGUACCUUCCUCGCAUCCGCAGCAGGCAUAUCGAGUCCUACCUGGUCACCACCCAGGAGUUCAUGAAUACAGAUUUCGUCAUCCUGCCCCAGGAAGCCUCCUUCCAUGACAUCCUCCAGGUGGUUACCAUGACGGAUGCCCAGGAGUAUCCGGUGGUCGACAAUGCUGAGUCUCAGAUGCUGCUGGGGGUGAUCCAGCGGUCCAGUCUCAUCCAGUUUCUCCAGAGCCACGAAGACUCCAGUCUGCCACAGGAGGAGACGGGGAAAGAGUUUACCUCGGGCCAGACUUUAAAAGAAGGCUGCAUGAUCAAUCCUGUCACCCUGCAGCUCUCCCCAUGGACAUCCCUGCACCAGGCCCACAACCUCUUUGAGAUGCUGAACCUGCAGCGGGCUUUUGUCACACAGCUGGGGAAAGUGGUAGGAAUCGUGACCAGGAGGGAGCUCAGGAAAGCCAUCGAAGAGCUGGCCAACCCCAAAGCCGGUCGAUAGCAGAAGCCCAUGGGAGGGAGAGCGCUGGAGAUGUAGAAGCCGAGGUGCAACCCGAGAUCAUCCUAGCUGUGGUUUCAGCAACGGGCCUUUAAAUUAUGUUUCACCCUGUAAGAUUUGUCACCUGCUCCUCGCCGUUUUGGCUUUCUUUUCUUCAUGCUAAGCUCCCCACCCGAUUGUAUGUUGCUUUCACAGUGCACAGUCUCUCAAUGUAUCAUUGGCCAUUGUCCUGA